CACCGAUCUACUGUUAACUCGUGAAUGCAUUCCUCAUGGAUUCUUGAAACUUGCUACGUGUUUGACCUGAAUAACCUAAAAAUAUACAUAAACAUUUAAAAGUCAAGAGGUGUUUCCUGAAAGCUCUGGAGGCUGGCUGUUUGACAGUGACAGAAGAUUUACACAUGAACCGACAAGCUGACAUCACAUUCAUCUUCAACUCUCUUGGCACCAAAAGUAAAUGGAUGAACUGUCUCCAUUACAUCAAACUGUCUCCAUGCUGUUCCUGAAGGAUUAUUGACAUUCACUAUGUGAUUGAUACUGCUUGUAAAUUGGUGUUUAGAAGCAUUACAAGGGAAGUGUUUUGAAACUUCUGCUUCUGCUAAUAUUACAUCAUUUGAAAAAACCGAGGACACUUAAAACCCCCUAGAAGACAGGACAGUUCUUCAAGUCCUUUUUUACCUUGACAGGGCCAAAACAUUUUACAAUGAAGAGGGUUUGGGGAAAACCAGUGUCAGGCAUGAUCAAAAACAACACUGCAAACCAAACUGGCCUGCCGGAGGAUUUUAGAAUUGCUCUUCUGGUCUUAUACAUAUUCAUCCUUCUUGCUGGGACUCUGAAUGUUGUACUAAUGUCCUGUAUGCUACAGUCCCAAAGACGUCUCUCUUUCACCAAAGUGUCUGUGAUCAACCUGAUAGCAGUGCACUUCUUUUUCCUUCUCACGGUCCCCUUUCGCAUUUAUUAUUAUGCUUCUGAAGACUGGAUUCUGGGAAUACAUUUUUGCAAAAUUGUCAGUUUUAUGAUCCAUGCUCACAUGUACCUUGCAUUCAUCUUCUAUGUCUUCCUUCUAAUUGUGCGUUUUUUGGAGCACUCUGAUCGGCAGCACAAGCUACAGUUUCAUCGCCUCCUUCACGCCACAAUUACAAGCGCAACCGUCUGGUUGGUCAUAUUCGGCUCUAUGCUCCCAGCAACGAUUAAAAACUACGGAAUGAAGCAGAAUGAUUCAACUCGCUGCUUUCAUUUCGGUCAGGCUGUCACGCAGCCUUCUGUAAAGACAUUAAACUUUUUUAUUUGUAUAGUAGUAAUACUGGUUUGGAGUGUGCUAGCAAUUAUCCAAGGUUAUUUUCUACUCCGCGUGUUUAGGAAAUUUGGAAAGGCCACACGUCAGCGUCAAGAGUUCUGGGCACAAUUGAAAAACGUUGUUUUCUUGUUGGUCAUGUUUUUUUGUUUUGUGCCCUAUCAGGGAUUCAGAAUAUAUUAUGUGAGAGAUUAUGGCAAAACUAAAGAAAUGGAUUAUAUAAAUGAAAUAUUUCUUGCUGUCACUGCUUUCAGCUGUUUUGAUAUGAUAGUUUUUGCUGGUAGAGAUGUAUGGAAACUUAUAAAUUCAAGGGGAUGAUUUUAUGAUUUUUUUAGUUUAUAGCAUCUUUGUUAUUGUUUUUGAUAUAGUGAAUUGUUUACUAAUUUGGUUUCCAUUUUUUGACUGAUUAUAAGAUUAAAACAAUUGUUCUGCGUGACAAUGUUUAAUGAAAUUUGCAUGAAAUAAUUUGCAGGUUUUUUUACAUUAGAUGGAUUUUACAUUAUAUAUGUGGUAUUUUUUCCUUUUUAGGUGUUUAUAGAAAUUUUUUCCACAUUUACUUUUAAGUUAAAAGACUUACAAGUGGUUUCACAAACAAGGCUUAUGGUGCAUUCAAGUCAUGUCAAAUAGAUCGUAAUUACAAGUUGAUUAUUGUUAUUAUGUGCGGGAAACUCAAAAUUUUCUCCAAGCCCCGAGUUUCCGAGUUGGGGACAUGUCAGUGAAAAAAAUUCUAUAAAACUAUAUAAGUUACAUACACUAAAUAUUAUAUUAUUGUAUAUUUACCGUAUAAUAUAUAAUGAUGCAGUUUACAUCACCUUCAUAAAUUGAAUAAAAACAGAAAAAUGCAAAAACACAAUAACGCACAUUCUUUAUUCAUUAUUUUGUAGAUGCAGAGUAAGCGCUGAAUUUUAUGUAGGAAAAGUAAUCGCCAUCUUGUUCCAACCAAAGUGACUUGAACACACCUGACGUCGUAAUAACGACUUGUCAGCUUGUAAGUACGAACAUUUCAGGAGGACUUAAACACAGCAUUAGACUAAGCCAGGAUUAGGCCAUAGUUCAAUUAUGACAUUUAAGUAAUUUUUAUAAAUGUGCUUAGAAAAAAACAAUACUGGUUUGACAAAACAACAGCACUGAUAUAGUUUAAAGGAGUUCUUUAAAGUUCUUUAAAAUUGACAGAUAAUUUACUCACCCCCUUAUCAUCCAAGAUGUUCUUUCUUUCUUCAGGUGUAAAGAAAUUAUGUUUUUUGAGGAAAAUCAUGUCAGGAUUUCUCUCCAUAUAGUGGACUUCUAUGGUGCCCUCAAGUUUGAACUUCCAAAAUGUAGUUUAAAUGCAGCUUCAAAGGGCUCUAAACCGAGAAAGAAAGGUCUUAUCUAGCAAAACGAUCAGUUAUUUUUCUAAAAAAAAAAAUGUACAAUUUAUAUACUUUUUAAUGUUGGAUGAUUUCGAAGUUGGAAAAGAAAAUGAGAUGGGAUUUUUUCUACAUACAUUCCCGCAGACCUAGACGAGCAUUUGAGGUUAAAAAGUAUGUAAAUUGUCAUUUUUUUAAUAAAAUGACCAAUCGUUUCACUACAUAAGACCGUUCUUUCUCAGCUGGGGUCAUUUAGAGCCUUUUGAAGCUGCAUUUAAGCUGCAUUUUGGAAGUUCAAACUCGGGGGCACCACAGAAGUCCACUAUAUGGAGAGGAUUUCAGGAUUUCUUUACGACUGAAGAAAGAAAGACAUGAACAUCUUGGAUGACAAAAGGUUGAGUAAAUUAUCUGUAAAUAUUUGUUCUUGAAGUGAACUUCUCCUUUAAGAUCAGUCAGGGCAAGUUUCUGUCAGUUGAAACAGCUCAGACUUACAUUUUAGUCUAGGACUGGGCUUAAGCCUUGUCUGUGAAACCAGGGGUAAGUGUGCACACAGUGCAUACUGUAUAUAUGUUUUGAUAUAAUUUUUUUGCAAGAAGCAUUGUUUUAAAAUACAUUUAUGUUUAUUUCCAUAAUGAUAUUAUCUUUUUUCUGAACUUAUGAACAACUAUUUUUUUUUCUC